GAGCCCCCGAAAUAAGUAGGAAUGGGCAGCGGCUGUUCACAUCCAGCACACCUUUUCCAUUUGCUAAGAAGGCCCUGCCAGGCUGGGAGGGUGUUGUCCCUGCCUGACUCUGGAGAGAGGAGCUGCUGUGACCGUCCUCGGGCACUAUGAAGCUGCUUCAAGGCCCCAUCUUUUGUCUUCUUCUGGCCAGUAUUUCUAGAAGUGCGCAAAACACAGGCUCAACUACAUCCACUCCACUAUCAACAACUAAUGAAAGAAACACAGCUGCACCAGCAAUAGACUCAGCAGCAUCACCAAAUGUUGAGAAAUCAACAGUUGAAAUAUCUACUAAAGGAACCUCCAGCGAGGAAGCCACAAAAAUGCCUUACCUAUCAACACUGUCUCCAGUAACCCCAAAAGCUAAAGGUGAUGGAGCUAGAACUGAAAACAUCACGGAGACCAAGUUGAAUACUACAAAAGCAACAGUGAUAAGUCAAUCACUUUCAAAUGCUGUUUCCACAUCACAAAGUUCCGACUCCAAGACUGAGACUUGGAGUUCCAUCAAAGCAACAGAAAUAUCAGUUAACACUUCACCACCAGAAGACUCAUCUUUCAGAACCACUACAUUAUCCUCAAUAUCAGUUACAAGUCCAGAAAACAUCUCCCUGUCUCAAGGCCUUGAGAAUGCAAAAAAUGCAAGCGCUUCUACAACCAGCCCCUCUUAUUCCAGUAUUAUUUUGCCUGUGGUUAUUGCUUUGAUUGUAAUAACACUUUCAGUCUUUGCUCUGGUGGGAUUGUAUCGAAUGUGCUGGAAGACAGACCCAGGCACACAGGAAAAUGGAAAUGAACAACCUCAGUCCGAUAAAGAGAGUGUGAAACUUCUCACUGUUAAGACAAUUUCUCAUGAGUCUGGGGAGCACUCUGCACAAGGAAAAACCAAGAACUGACAGCUUGAUGAAUUCUCUCCACACCUGGGCAAUAAAUAUGCUUACUCUUCAGCUUCAAUGCCCCAUGGGGAGAAAGCCCUGUGGCUUACUGCCAAUCCUGCUCGCCAGUCACCUGUCCCAAUGAAGUGAUGUCCAGAUGACGUGCAGUAAUCUAAUAGAAUCAGAAAGAAUCAUGCGGCUCCCCUAUCCUCUAGGAUGUGAAGAAGUGCAUUACCACAUUUUAUAGGAAUACCAUAUUCCUAGGAGAGUGGAUUUUAGGAGGGGCAUCUGUAAGCAGUUAGCCUGACAGACCAGCAGGUGGUUUCACUGAUGGAAUCUGUCCCUUGAGUUUAAAGUUUUCAGAACCAACAGUUUUCAUCCAUGGAGACUUUUCUACUUUUUCAUUGUUCUUAUAUUACCUAACGUUUGUAUUUAUUGUUUUCCACUAUGUUAACACAGGGAAGAUUCACAAGUGUAUUAUUAAAUGUUGGGUCAAAAUCCUGCCUUGCUACUUUGUACAUAAAGACAUUUUAUUCAUACUUUCAUGUGUUGCUGUUAACAAAUAAUUACUGUACUCAACACACUAAAAAUAUCAUAAUGUGA